AUGAAAGAAAGUAAUUAGAGUGAGAUUUAGCUGCUGAUGAAUAUAAAAGAUAAGUAUUAAAUAAAAUAAUAUAUUUUAGAUUCUAUUAAAUUAAAAUAAUGAGGGAUUUUUUUAUUUAAAUGUAAAUUUUAUGAUGAAUCAUAUUAGAACAUAUCCUCAUAUUUUAGGAUAACCAGCUAAAAGCAACGAGGUAUGAAUUCUCUUAAAGAAUAUAUUAAUGAAAAAUUUAAUGUAAAAUAUUGAUUAGUAAUAAAAAUAGGAAAUGGAAAAGAUUUAAGAGCAGAAAUUAUUGAGAUCAUAUACUAAUUUCACAGCAUCGUAAUUUAAAAGUUGA